AUGCCAAAACCAAUGUUAGCUGGUACUUUGAAUGUAUGUUUACUAGAAACCAAUGCACGGGAUCAUAAACUACCAGUUGAGGAUGAAUUCUUGAUGUUUAUGAUGAAGUUAAARCUUGGCUUGACYAACUUAGAUUUGGCCAUAAGAUUUUAUAUUUCACAAGGCAGGGUAUCGAACCUAGUGAAUUCAUGGCUGAUAUACUUGUAUACCUUCUUUGGAAAGCUGAAGAUAUGGCCACAUCGUGAUGUCAUCAUURAACAAAUGCCUUCAAAGUUCAAGGAAGAAUACCCAUCAACUAUGAUCAUAAUAGACUGUACAGAAUUGAAGAUAGAGUGCCCAUCAUCAUUGCUGAAACAGUCUGAGACAUAUUCUAACUAUAAAUCUACAAACACUGUCAAAGGUUUGGUGGGGGUUGAUGCUAAGGGUGGUAUAAUGUACGUAUCACACUUAUAUACUGGGCUUAUUUCAGACAAAGAAAUAGUCAAACGAAGUGGAUUUAUGAAGCUUUUGAAGAGAAAGAUAGAUGUUGGAGAGAUCCUAAGGGGAGAUAGCAUUAUGGCUGAUAAGGGUUUUGAUAUUAGUAGUGAGCUUUCUGAGAUUGGCCUAAAUUUAAACAUCCCUCCUUUCCUACGGGACCAGUCUUCAUUUAGUGAGGAUGAUGUCAUUAGAACCCAAACCAUAGCCCAGCAUAGAAUACACAUUGAGAGAGCUAUAGGCAAGGUAAGGCGGUUCCUUAUAUUCUCAAAACGACUGCCUGUCAGUAUGCUAGGUAAUGUUAAUCAGUUGUGGAGUGUUUGCUGUAUGCUUUCAAAUUUUAUGGACCCCAUAUUGUAAAGUGGAGAUCAGAAUAAAAAAGAAGUAUGUUCUUGAU